AGGAGUCGACGGAGCGCUGAAGUUACCCUUGCGCGGCGCGCGCAGUGGCAACGCGUCCCGGCCCCCCGCGCUGGACGGCGGAGGACCCCUGUCGCGCCCCUGGGUGGUCCCAGGACCCCAGCGGGAGUCCCGCGUCUGGCAUCUCGAGUCGCCGGGAGUCUGAGUUGCGGGCCACGCGGGACUGGCGGUGGCAAGCCCGCUGGUCGUUAUGAGGACGGAUCUAAAAUGACCGGCAAGCGGAAACCUUUCCAAACGCAGCUCAGGCGGUCAAUCAGUGAGCAGUUGCGGGACUCUACGGCCAGAGCCUGGGAUCGGCUGUGGAAAAACGUCCGGGAGAGACGGCUGGCAGAAAUUGAGGCGAAGGAAGCAUGUGACUGGCUCCGUGCUGCCGGGUUUCCGCAGUACGCUCAGUUAUAUGAGGACUCACAAUUUCCCAUCAACAUUGUGGCUGUCAAGAACGAUCAUGAUUUUCUUGAAAAAGACCUUGUAGAACCUCUUUACAGACGACUAAAUACCUUGAACAAGUGUGCCUCAAUGAAACUUGAUGUGAACUUCCAAAGGAAAAAGGGUGACGACUCUGAUGAGGAAGAUCUCUGCAUCAGCAACAAAUGGACUUUCCAAAGGACCAGCCGCCGGUGGUCUCGCGUGGACGACCUCCACGCACUGUUUCCCGGCGGAGACAGAAACGGGUCGUCAGGAGACAUUAGGAUGAGAAACACGACCAGCAGUGAGAGCGUCCUCACCGACCUGAGCGAGCCCGAGGUCUGCUCCAUUCACAGCGAAAGCAGCGGCGGGAGCGACGGCCGCAGCCAGCCGGGCAGCUACGGCGCCGGCCGGGAGGCCUUGGACGGCCCCGGGCAGUACUGCGCCCACGGCCCAGCCAUGCUGGACGCCACGCUGGGCGGCAGCAGCCUCCCGCCGUCCCCCAAAGACGGUCUCCAGCACCCUUUGCACCCAAAGAAUGAGAAGCCCACCCGGGCCAGAGCCAAAUCAUUUCUGAAACGCAUGGAAACGCUGCGAGGGAAAGGAGCGCAGGGAAGGCAGAAGGGGUCGGGACGGACCGGGGGCUUGGUGAUCAGCGGCCCGGUGCUGCAGCAGGAGCCCGAGUCCUUCAAGGCCAUGCAGUGCAUCCAGAUUCCAAAUGGAGAUCUCCAGAACUCACCCCCCGCUGCCUGCAAAACAGGGCUUCCGGGGCCCAGCAAAUGGAGCGGUGAGAGCAGCCCGUCGGAAAACAGCAGCAGCGGGGUGAGUACGCCCGGCCUGAAGGAGCGAAAAUGCCAGGAGGCCCACAAGCGCGGGGGCAUGUACUUAGAAGACCUGGAUGUGCUGGCGGGGACAGCACUGCGGGAUGCAGGGGACCAAAACCACACACGCGAGUUUCAUUCCCAAGAGAACUUGGUGGUGCACAUUCCCAAGGACCACAAACCAGGAACGUUCCCCAAGGCGCUCUCUAUCGAAAGCCUCUCACCAACAGACAAUAGCAGCGGGGUUCACUGGAGGACUGGGAGCAUCUCCCUGGGCAGACAGCCGGGCCCUGGGGCCGGGGAGCCCAGGCUCAUGGCGUCCUGCCACAGAGCAAGUCGAGUUAGCGUCUACGACAACGUCCCCGGCUCCCACCUGUAUGCCAGCACCGGGGAUCUUUUGGACUUGGAGAAGGACGAUCUCUUCCCUCACUUAGAUGACAUUCUGCAUCAUGUCAACGGGCUCCAAGAGGUAGUGGAUGACUGGUCCAAAAACCUGUUACCUGAACUGCAGACACAUAAUGCACUGGCCGGAGAAGCUGGCUUCUGCCCCUUCCCCCCUCCUAGUCAGAUCACCUUAGAUUUCGAGGGCAAUUCUGUCUCCGAAGGUCGGACAACACCCAGUGAUGUGGAAAGAGAUGGAGCGUCUCUUAAUGAAUCAGAGGCUGCUGGAGUCAGAGAAAGGAGGGACUCUGGAGUAGGGGCCUCUCUGACCAGGCCAAACAGGCGACUCCGGUGGAACAGCUUCCAGCUCUCACACCAGCCGCAGCCGUCCACGGCGUCGCCCCACAUCAGCGGUCAGACAGCCGGCCAGCUGAACCUGCUCCAGCGCUUCUCGCUGCUUCGCCUCACGGCCAUCAUGGAGAAGCACUCCAUGUCCAACAAACACGGCUGGACAUGGGCAGUUCCAAAGUUCAUGAAGAGGAUGAAAGUUCCUGAUUACAGAGACAAGACAGUCUUUGGCAUUCCUCUCAUCGUUCACGUCCAGAGAACGGGGCAGCCCCUGCCACAGAGUAUCCAGCAAGCCCUGAGGUAUCUACGCAGCAACUGCCUCGAUCAGGUGGGUCUUUUUCGAAAAUCAGGCGUGAAGUCUCGAAUCCAUGCCUUACGUCAAAUGAACGAGAGCUUUCCUGAGAACGUCAGCUACGAGGACCAAUCCGCUUACGACGUGGCGGAUAUGGUGAAGCAGUUCUUCCGGGACCUUCCUGAGCCUCUUUUCACCAACAAGCUCAACGAGACCUUCCUCCACAUCUAUCAGUACGUCCCCAAAGAGCAGCAGUUGCAGGCAGUGCAGGCGGCCGUCCUGCUGCUGGCCGAUGAGAGCAGGGAGGUGCUGCAGACGCUGCUGUGCUUCCUCAACGACGUGGUCCACGCGGUGGAGGAGAAUCAGAUGACGCCCAUGAACCUGGCUGUGUGUCUGGCCCCCUCCCUCUUCCAUCUGAAUUUACUGAAGAAGGAAAGCUCCCCCAGAGUUAGCCAGAAGAAAUAUGCCUCCGGGAAGCCAGAUCAAAAAGACCUCAGUGAGAAUCUGGCCGCAGCUCAGGGGCUGGCCCACAUGAUCAUGGAAUGCGACAGACUUUUUGAGGUCCCGCUUGAGAUGGUGGCCCAGUCUCAUAACUCAUAUAUGGAGGCUGCGAUGCAUCCCCCAACUCUGGAAGACCUGGGGGCCCAGAUGGAGGAGAGCGGGGCCACUUUCCACACGUACCUGGAGCAUCUCAUCCAGGGCCUCCAGAAGGAAGCCAAGGAAAAGUUCAAAGGAUGGGUCACGUGUUCCAACACAGACAACACAGAUCUUGCUUUCAAAAAGGUGGGAGACGGGCAUCCGCUGAGGCUGUGGAAGGCUUCUGUGGAGGUGGAAGCGCCCCCCUCGGUGGUUUUGAAUCGCGUGCUGAGGGAGCGCCACCUGUGGGAUGAGGAUUUCGUGCAGUGGAAGGUGGUGGAGACGCUGGACAAGCAAACGGAAAUCUACCAGUACGUGCAGAACAGCAUGGCGCCUCACCCUUCCAGAGACUUCCUGGUUCUCAGGACCUGGAAGACUGAUUUGCCCAAAGGAAUGUGCACCCUGGUGUCCCUCUCUGUGGAGCACGAGGAAGCCCAGCUCAUGGGUGGUGUGCGGGCCGUGGUGAUGGACUCUCAGUACUUAAUGGAGCCGUGUGGGUCCGGCAAGUCGAGGCUGACCCACAUCUGCAGGGUGGACCUGAGAGGUCACUCCCCAGAAUGGUACAAUAAAGGCUUUGGACAUCUGUGUGCAGCGGAAGUUGCCAGGAUUAGAAACUCUUUUCAGCCCCUCAUUGCUGAGGGUCCAGAAACUAAAAUCUGAGUUUUCCCCAGUGUGACAUCAAACUCAGGGAAGAGGAAGUGAAAGCAAACACUUGUGGGAGAGAGUGUGCGCGUGAGAAAGCAAGGGAGAGAGAGAGAGAAACCGAUUGACAAUGCUUAAAAAUGGAAGCACUGAGAAGUCGGAAUGUUGACGAUGCAAGAAUUUCUGAGAACUUUCCUAGCCUUCCUGGAGACGGCUACAUCCCUACUAAUAUAAUAUUUUUAAAAAUCAGAACAUUUAUCUAUGUUACUUAAAAUUAAAUGGAUUAUUCCUUGUGCAUUGCCUAAUUUGCUAUUUAAAGGCUUCUAAGAA